GGUGCACGAAUAUGUAUGAACAUUCGUUGAUAUGCCCACGCAUUUUCCAUAAUUUCAUUUUGCCAUUUUUUUUUAACGAACAUUUGAAUGAACAGGAGUUAUGCGCAUUAUUAAUGUCCCCCCUAUCUCAUCAUUUUGCGAGUUAUAGCAAAAAGCUUAAAAAGGAAUAAGGCAUACUAAAUUGAAAAGGAGCGUGGUUAGAAGUUCAGCGCAGAACAGGGUUGAGCGAAGAAGAAAGAGUGGAGAAUAAGAGAAAUAGAGACGCAUACAAGCAUAGAAGUGUACCAAAGGAAAGCCCCAAAAAAAGCGAAGAGAAAGAAUGGCAGGACAAUCUGAGAAAAAGCGACUAAAAAAAGCGAGCGCAUUCAUCGUAUAUGCCUCCCCCUUUUUUACUAUUUUUUCGUUGAUUUAUAUUAUAUUCGCCUAUUAUUUCAGAUAUAACUUAAUUACAAGAAAUAUUUUCCUUUUGCACUGCCUGCUUUUUUUUUGCUACUACUAUUCAAUAAAGAAUAUACACUAUGGGUUGACCAACGGAUUAAAUUUUACGUACUACACAGACGUUCUGAUUUUGUCCUUCGUGAUCAACUUGGGCCUGUUUUACUCAUUUAAAUUUUUUUACAUCUAUAUCGUUAUACCCAUAUAUGCAAUAUUCAAAGUGCUUAAUUUUAUUUUCACGAAUUUUUUGAGUUCACCGUUGGGCGCUGUCGAUUCAUCAGGGAAGGAAGAUAAAGCGGAGAAAAAAAAAAACAAAAUUGUGUAUAAGAAGGUUUAUUAAAAAUGAAAUAUGUUUCCUUUACGUAUGGCUCAUUAGUUAAUAUUCGACCAAUUUAAGUAACACAUCAUAGCUUACGUGUGCUUACGCAUGUACAUAUAUGUCUUAUUUUCUUUUUGUUUUUUCCCAAGCCAAGUUUAUUAGAUUUAAUUUGCA